GAUAGAGCAGCACCGGCCUUGUAUGUUUCUGCUAUUCGUCACAACUUAUCUAUGUUUCCAUCACGGUCCUCGUCCUUACUGUGUUCUGCACGUUCGGACUAUUGGCCGUAUCAGCUUGGUUUACGGCCGAAAGAUGGAUAUAUAGCAAGCAUAACGGUCUACGAUGGCUAUCGGAUGUCAUUCAUGAACACUGGAAUAGGUUCAUCAAGUAUCCACCCGUCCAAUUCGUCCGUUACAUCCCGCGACGGAUCGUUUCAGCGUUCCGCAAAUUUGGGAGAUGCAUCUUUUGCAGACCUGAUAUUGACAGCGAUUCUGAGGAUGGGCUGCCUUUCCCUAAUGGUGUUGAUGGAAGGAGCAGUGUUACCCCAUCACCCAUCGAGCAUCGACACAACCGAUCCGUCAGCGCCUUGGAAAAGGGAGAUUUCCCAGAUAGUCCUAUUGUGUCGACGAAUCCCAUACGAGCUUCAGAAGAUGACGUCUCGCAAAUGGGCCAUGUUCCCCAUUCGCCCGUCUCACCUCGGUGCUCCCAGUGAACCGAAUGCCAGUACCACAAACACGGGUGAAGGUGCUACUACUGCCGCCGCUCCUGGCGAAGGACUCGCCAAACUAAGGGGAGCCAAUCGGUUCCGCCAACUUGCUUGGAAGGUCGUAGAAAAGGAGAGAGAGCAAACUCCUUCGAGAGGAAAUACCGCCAUGUCCCAGGCACGGGCGACGACCAUUCUUUCAGAUGCAGCCAAGAGAAGGGAUACGAAUGAAGGCAAAGGUACCGAAGCGCAAAUAAAGCCUGGAAGGUUGACGGCGCUUCGACCUAGUCUCAAAAGAUUGCAAGUGACACAUACGAUUCUCGACCAUACGGCUCUCGUCAGACAUUUGCAGUUUAGUCCGAAUGGUAAGUUGUUGGCUACAUGUGGAUGGGAUGGAACCGCGAGACUGUUUGAUGUUCCUAUGGACGCGAACGAUGUGGUUGGUCGUCACCGCAUCAUGGCUGCCUCUGGUGGUUUCCUGGGACAGGUGGCAUGGAGUCCGGAUG